AUGGUUUUUCUUGCUGCAACUCGACUCGUUGCCUUGAGCGCUCUCGUUGUCCUGUCUCAAUGCAUGACCUCUAAUGGGCGUGCCCGGCACGGUCUUAUCGGGUAUGGGAUCAAGAUGUACUACCCGAAUUGCUGCAGUUCAUGUCGAAGUGUCCUGUCUGGCGCUCAGUUGAACUGCUCUGAAACCAUGGACAUGGAAGGCAUGGCAGGAAUGGACAUGGGCGGGUCCGAUUUCAGUACAUCAUCCGACUGCUACGCCACAGAUGAUGCCUUUCUCCAAUCGAUGGCUGUGUGUAUCAGUGAGAAGUGCCCCAAAGACCCUAGUGCCAAGAACCUACGAGACUGGCAGAUCGAACAGUGGUGGCAGAUGAACAUUCCUGGCACCGCCGCGGUGCAGCCCGACCCCAAAGAGACCUACCAAGAGGCUCUGGCCAAAGUACAGACCACACCGGAGGACACCAUCAUAUCAGGGAACCCUCUGAAUCGGACGAUGCUUGUCUCCGACGACGACUAUCAGCCAAACUGGAAUGCUAACAAUGCCUUUGAACAUGGCGAGAUUCUCCAUGAGCGGUAUGGGCUCGUCGUUUUCCUCUCUGGGGUUGUCAUUCCUGUCGGAUUUUCGCUCUUUCGAUUUUUGCCUUUCCCAGCCCACUGGACGAGUCUCUUCAAUGCUGUCAUUGUCGACCCUCCAGCUAUCGGACACCGCCACAAAGUGCCAAUUCUGUGGGGUCUGACCAACAUGCCAACAAGGGGUCAAGCCUUCUUCAUCCUGUAUCUGGCCGUGAUCAAUGUCCUUCUUUGUUGCGUCGGGUACUCCUCGAGGCAGCCAAACGCCUGGUUCCCCGAUAAUCCAGGCCGAGAAAUAUUGACCUAUAUUGCAAAUCGUUGUGGUGUCUUGAGUUUUGCCAAUAUCCCAUUACUCAUCUUGUAUGCUGGAAGAAACAACGUCCUGUUGUGGCUGACCAACUGGAGCCAUGAGACCUUCCUUUUGCUGCACCGCUACAUCGCGACUAUUGCCAGCUUACAGGCCAUCAUCCACUCUCUUAUCUACCUCCACAUCUAUGUCGUGGACGGUGAGCACAGCAGCGAGAGCAAGCUUUCAUACUGGUACUGGGGAGUGAUUGCAACGAUCGGCAUGUCGAUCUUACUCCCCUUGUCAAUGUUGCCCCUUCGACGCCUGUUCUAUGAAGCCUUCCUCCUCUGGCACAUUGCUGUUGCUGUCUUGGUCGUGGUCGGCUGCUACCUUCACAUUUACGACCGGUUCGCGCACCAAUGGGGUUAUGAAGUCUGGAUAUAUGUCGCCAUCGCGGUCUGGGGGUUCGACCGCCUGCUACGACUUGGCCGCCUUGCUCGUAACGGCCUUCGGUGGGCAAACAUCACCAUCAUUGACGACGACUACCUUCGCGUCGACAUUGCUGGAGUGGGAGGCGAUGGCCAUGCGUAUCUGUACUUCCCUACGCUGACGUGGCGUGUUUGGGAGAACCAUCCCUUCUCCGUGGCGUCGACCGUGCUGUCGACUACACAACGUACCACGCCGACGCAGACUUCAAUCGACAUUGAAAAGAACGAGGGCAUCACGAGCAACGUUGUCGCCACGUCCGCCCAUUCGAGUGAUGGAGAUUCAAACACGGAGCAAGCACAGCAACGGCAACAGCAACAGCAACCAGGGCUGGCCAUGACAUUUCUGCUCCGCGGCCGCGGCGGUCUGACAUCGUUGCUCCGUUCCUCUUCACGGCUGCCGGUGCUCGUCGAAUCACCAUAUGGACAGCACUCGACCUUUUCCGAGCAUCCAACAUUGAUCUGCGUCGCAGGUGGAGUCGGCAUCACGACGGUUCUCCCACUGUUGCGUUCCCACCCGGGCCGGAGUAAGCUACUCUGGGGUGUCCGCACGCGUAGCCUCGUUGACGCUCUUGCGAAUGAACUCGUCAGUGUCGAGAAAGAGGUCUUUAUUGGGAAACGGAUGAACGUGCGGGACGAACUGGAGAAGGAAGUGUCUUUUGCUGGUCCCAGGCAGCACCCCGUGGUCGUGGUCAGCGGCCCCGAUAGUCUGGCUGACGAUGUGAGGAACGCGGUCUGUGCGAUUGCGAAGCGAGGAAACAAGGUCUCAAUCAGGCUCGUCGAAGAAUCGUUCUCAUGGUAA